AAAGAAAAAACUAGAAAUGGUCAACAUUUUUCACGCUGUAUAUAAACCCGCCUCCUCGCAGUCGCUUCUUUCAAAUUCCAAGCUUCCGCCACAAGCUUCUUGCUCUCUAUAUCUUCCUGGUCAGCCUGGCUAGAUCACUCGCAUUUCAAUGGCUCGAAACAAGGAGAAAUUAGUGUUAUUGCUUGAUGUCGGUCCAUCAAUGCACGGUGUUCUUCCAGAAAUUGAAAAAAUCUGCUCCAUGUUAGUGGAGAAGAAGCUUAUUUUCAGCAAAUAUGAUGAAGUGGGAGUGGUGGCAUUUGGAACCGAAGAAACUAACAAUGACCUUACAACGGAAGUGGGUGGUUAUGAAAAUAUUACGGUGUUGCAAGAUAUCAAAGUUGUUGAUGGUGAUCUUAUUGACACUUUACAAAAUUUGCCUCGUGGGACCUUAGAUGGUGAUUUUCUUGAUGCAAUUGUUGUUGGGAUGGAUAUGCUGAUAAAGAAAUAUAAAGAUAUAUUCAAAGGAAAGAAGCGUCUGUGCCUUAUUACUAAUGCCAUUCAUCCUAUAAAGGACUCUUUGGAAGGAAGCAAAGAAGAUCAGGUCACGACCAUUGCAGAGCAGAUGACUGCACAAGGCAUGAAAAUGGAAAGUAUUGUUGUGAGGGGAAGGUUAAGUCAGGAUGCAGAUAAGAGAAUAAUGGACGAGAAUGAUAAUCUCUUGAGUAUAUUUUCCAAGAAAACCCGUACACGGAAUGUGUAUGUUGGUAGUCCAACUUCAUUACUGGGAGCACUUAAAACCCGAAGAUUAACUCCUGUAACAAUUUUCAGAGGUCAUCUUGAGCUCAGUCCUCAGAUGAAAAUUAAGGUAUGGGUUUAUAAAAAAACACAAGAGGAGAAGUUUCCCACACUGAAGAAAUAUUCAGAAAAAGCACCUGUGACUGAUAAGUUUGCAACACAUCAAGUCAAGGUUGAUUAUGAAUAUAAAAGUGUUGGUGAAUCCAGUACUACAGUUAUACCCCCAGAGCAAAGGAUUAAAGGCUACCGUUAUGGACCUCAAGUGGUUCCUAUAUCAACUGCUGAAUGGGAUGCUGUCAAGUACAAACCAGAAAAGGGUGUAAAGCUACUGGCAUUUACUGAUGCUUCAAAAAUAAAACGACACUGCUUCAUGAAAGAUGUCUGUCUUUUUAUUGCUGAACCGGGUAACACAAGAGCCACUGUUGCAGUUUCUGCCAUAGCAAGAGCAAUGAAGGAAACAAAUACAGUUGCAAUCUUGCGAUGCGUUUGGAGACAGGGACAGCAAAAUGUUGUUGUGGGGGUCUUGACACCAAACAUUUCACAAAAUGAUAAAAUUCCUAAUUCAUUUUAUUUCAAUGUUCUUCCUUUCGCCGAGGAUGUUCGUGAAUAUCAGUUCCCCUCUUUCAACAGUUUUCCAGCUUCAUGGAAACCCAAUGAACAGCAGCAAAAGGCAGCUGAUGAAUUGGUGCAGAUGCUUGAUCUUGCUCCAUCAGGCAAAGAGGAAACAUUGCUGCCUGAGUUCACUCCAAAUCCUGUUCUGGAGCGUUUUUAUCGUCAUCUAGAGUUGAGAGCAAAGCAACCAGAUGCAGCUGUACCUCCACUUGAUGAAACACUAAAGAAGAUCACUGGACCAGAUCCGGAGCUUGUUUCUGAAAACAAGUCUGUUUUUGAUGCAUUGCAUAGACACUUUGAACUCAAGCCAAACCCAAAGCUGAAGAAAUCAUCUAGGCAAUUUUAUCGAGAGAAACAAUUUGGAUCAAAUGCCCUUGAAUCUGAUGGUCAGGCUGUCAAAUCCAUUGAAAAUCAACUGCCGGUUAAGAUGGAGAAAAUUGGAGAUUUAACUCCUGUUCAAGAUUUUGAAGCUAUGAUGUCCCAAAGGGAUAACCCAGAAUGGGUCGGGAAAGCAGUUAAGGAAAUGAGAGACAAGAUACUUGCCCUAGUGAUACACUCCAAUGAAGGAGAGAAUUAUCACAAAGUGGUGGAAUGUAUAGCUGCUCUUCGUAAGGGUUGCAUCAUUGAGCAAGAGCCAGGACCCUACAACGAUUUAAUGCGCCAGCUUCGCCAGUAUUGCCAGGGGAAAGGAAUCGAAAGUCUUCCACAACUUCUUGCAUCUAGGGAUCUCACUUUGAUCUCCAAGUCAGAAGCUGAAGACAGUGAUGUUACAUAUGAGGAGGCGAGAAGCUUUUUCGUUAAAAUGGAGCAAAAAAAUCCCAUGGAUUAGAGGUUACUACAUUUCUGUUUUUCUAUUGUGUAGUUGGUUCUCAUUUAAAGUGCAGUAAACAUAACCCUCUUCUUGUUGACCCAGCAAUAUUUUUUAAGAUCUAUGCUGUGCAUACAUCAGCAUUUUAGACCUAUAUGUGUUAACGAUCUUUUUGUUGUUAUAAUUAUGUUUCAAGUGAGUAGUGUUGGAGGAUCUUUCGAUUGGAAUCUCCAAUAACGGAAGGUAUUACGUCUCAAUGGUG